AACUCACUAUGCUUCUCUCUCUGCAAUUACUCUUGGAGAGCAUCUCUCUCUACAAUAUUGAGUAUUGCUAACUUGAGUGUCGGAGUGUUGUCCCUAAGGAAACAUUCUCGGGAAUUUCAGGAUGCGUUAGACUCUGGGAGUUGUGAUAGAGUUCGUAUCUUGAUGCGGCUUCUUACAGCUUUGACAUGCAGUAAAGUUCUUCAACCUGCUUCUCUGGUGAUUGUCUUUGAGACGUUAUUAUCAUCAUCUGCCACAACAGUGGAUGAGGAGAAAGGCAAUCCAUCCUGGCAAGCAUGUGCUGACUUUUACAUAACUUGCAUUUUAUCCUGUCUCCCAUGGGGAGGAGCUGAACUUAUUGAGGUUUCUGACACUGGUUUAUCGUUUUUCGAGGAUGAUGGAACUGGAAAAGAUCUUGCUGAAAAGGAUUUCCUUGAAGACUUAUGGGAAUGGAUUCAAGUCCUGUCUAGCAAUGGAUGGAAGCUUGAUAGGGUGCCAAGACCUCACCUUUCGUUUGAGGCCCAGCUAGUUGCUGGAAAGUCUCAUGAAUUGCGGCCCAUCAGUUGCCCUGCGCUACCUGAUCCCCCUGCAGCACUCUCUGAGAUAACAUAUGGUGAACAAAGGUAUAUUGCAGGAUUGAAGUAUCCUCAAAGGUUAUGUAGACUUAACAUAUUCCCUGCUAGUAAAACAGAGGAUUUGCAGCCUAUAGAUUGCUUCGUUGUUGAGGAGUAUUUGCUUGAUGUGCUUUUUUUCUUGAAUGGCUGUUUCACUCAUUUGAUCACUGUCUUGGAGAGAAAUGGGCAAAUGAUUGCAAAAAUAUGCCCUGACCAUGAUAAGCAAGCCAUGCUUAUUUCUGAAGUGAGUUCUUUCUGGAAGAACAAUGCCCAGAUGACUGCCAUAGCAAUUGAUAGGAUGAUGGGAUAUCGUCUUAUAUCAAAUUUGGCCAUUGUGAGAUGGGUCUUCUCUCCAACAAACAUUGAACAAUUUCAUACAUCAGACUGUCCAUGGGAGAUUCUUAGGAAUGCAGUCAGUAAGACAUUUAAUCGUAUCUCUGAUCUGAGGAAAGAGAUAUCAUCUCUUAAGAAGAGCCUUGUAUCAGCUGAAAGAGCUACAGCACAGGCAAAAGCAGAGUUAGAGGCUGCUGAGUCAAAGCUUACUCUUGUGGAUGGUGAACCUGUUCUUGGUGAAAACCCUGUGAGAUUAAAGCAUUUGAAAUCACAUGCUGAAAAAACUGAGGAAGAGGAGGUAUCCAUGCUUGACUCUUUAGAUGCAAAGGAGGCUCUUCUUGCCCGAGCCCUCACUGAAAAUGAGGAGCUAUUCCUCUCUCUAUACAGAAACUUCUCCAACGUAUUGGCAGAACGCCUUCCUGAUGCAUCCAAAGUUGGAACACUGCAGGACUUGAAGUCUAUCAAUUCAGAUUCAAUGGCUGUUGACCUUGAAGAAUCAUCUACUAUGGUGGUUGACAACGAUAAUGGAGGACCAAAGAAAAGUCAAUCAAAUGGGGAGAGGGUAAACAAUGUUUAUAAUAUAGGAGAACAAGAGCAGUGGUGUUUAUCAACGCUAGGCUAUGUCAAGGCAUUUUCACGGCCAUAUGCUUCUGAGAUAUGGCCUCUAAUUGAGAAAUUGGAUUCCGAGGUAUUAACCGACGGUGUCCAUCCUCUUUUCCGAAGGGCAGUUUACUCUGGCCUACAUAGACCAACCAGUGAGACAUCAUCUGACUAACAAAUUCUUUCUUACAACAUGUAGCAAUAAUCCAUUUCUCUUAACCAAACAUCUCUUUGUUGUAAAUGAGAAAAAACAGAAACAGAUAGAAGUAAAUAAUACUCAAUUUAGCUGCGUUAUUCAUUGUUUUUUCUGAGUAAAUUAACCAUCUCGUU